AUGGGACCCGACCAGCUUGUGUCUCUAACUAUAAAAACUGCUGUUGUCACCACAGUUGCAACACUGGCUGCAGCAUAUGUUGUUUUUAAUGUACUGCCAAACAUGAAAUCGUGGUACUAUGGCAGGGGUAGGAAACCAAGGAGAAGCGUAGAUUCAUCAGAGGUGGAUGGCAAGCCCCGAAUCAAAGCAGCUUCCCCUGCUGUAAAAACAUGUACAUCAUAUUCAUCAGUGGAUGAAUUUCAUUCGGAAGCCGCAGCCUGUAAUGCCGACCUCACCAUGAAUACAGACCCGUGCCUCAACUACUCAUUUUUAAGGGACCCUAAAACCAUUGCACAUAUAAAGCAGUCGAAAGUAAUGUUCAUCAUGAGAGGAUUGCCGGGAAGUGGUAAAUCAGUCAUUGCUGACGUCAUCAGAGAAACUUACUUGAAUUCUAUUAUAUGUUCUGCUGAUGAUUUUCGCAUGGUGGACGGACAAUACGUCUUUGUACAAGCAGACUUGCAAGCUGUUCAUGAAAAAUGUCAGGCCUGUGCCAAAGAUGCAUGUGAGAAAGGAAUUAAUGUUGUCAUCAUUGAUAAUACCAAUGUACGUAGCUGGGAAAUGAAGUUCUAUGUAUCUUUAGCUAAUCAAGCUAACUAUACAGUCGUCUUAGUGGAACCAAAAACUGCUUGGCGAUUUAACGCACUUGAGCUUGCCAUGAAAAACAAACACAAUGUAUCGAUUGAUGUUCUACAGAAGAAGGUUAUCAGCUUUGAACAUGUGAUGCCGCAGUUCUUUGGUUGGUUUCUGAAUUAUCAAGACUCUGCAAGAAUAAGGGACAUUAGUAGGAAGUUCUACCAUGAGCUGCAGCACAUUCCAGAGUUCAGAGAACAGUUCAAGAUGUGUGUUGUUGGAGAUCCCAAUGCAAGGUUAAAUUUUGACGAUUACUUUUCCUCUGAGACCUUCAGCACUGGUUCGCACAUGCUGCAUUGUACUGCGAUGUUUUGCGGCAGGGGCAAGGUUCCCGAGAGUUACGAGUACGCUAACAAAGAUGUUGUGCGAAAAUCAAUUGGUAAAGCAUUCACUCUUCACUUCAUUGGUUUCUUCAUCACUUCGAGGACAUUUGGUGUGAGGAUCAAACUUACGCCCCAAGAAAUUACACUUUGGGGACAAGAAGAUAAACUGGAAAUUGCUAAUAGGAAAGAAGCGCAAAUUGCUCUACAGAUGAAAGCAAGAGGCUGGAGGCCUCGUCAAGGUGGUGUUGCUAAUAGCAACAGUACAGAGUUUGAUGACCUUUGUGAUUCCUCAGAUAGCGACUCGAUUGAUAUGGAACAAUACAACAGCAGCCUAGUGUUAAAUUAUCGUCCAACAAGUGGUGUUGGUAGCCGUGCACAUAUGACACUAGGAUGUGCUGCUGGUGUCAGUGCUGUACAAACAGGUCUGGACUUAGUGAACAUUAUACAGCUUGAGAAAAAAGCAGCUGAGACGAGGGACACUGAUGUUACACAGAUUAAUCUGGAUGGUGCAACACUGCGUUGCUAUGACAACAAAGCCUGGGUGGUGUAUCUGAAUGAGAUGAUAUCUGCUGAUACACUUUUCACUGGAUUCUAUUAA